AACUCUCCCAACAAUAACUUUAUUCGUCCCUCACAGCCUUAAGACCAUCAACCAUCAUCAGAUUCAUCACCUUAUCUCAAAUCCUUCAUGGCCAUGGCAACCCAAGCCUCCCUCUUCACCCCACCACUCUCCACCUCAAAGUCCGGCGACCGCGUCACCGUGCCAUGGAAGCAAUCAUCGACCUUGUCCUUCACUACUCCUAAGCCACUCAAAUUCUCCGUGGCACAGCGCACAGUUAAGGUAGCUGCUUCCGUGGAUGAAAAAAUCGAGGCUCCCACAGGGGCUCCAGUGGGCUUCACCCCACCUGAGUUGGACCCAAGCACCCCCUCCCCGAUUUUCGGCGGCAGCACCGGGGGUUUGCUCCGUAAGGCCCAGGUUGAAGAAUUUUACGCGAUCACAUGGGAGAGUCCCAAGGAACAAAUUUUCGAGAUGCCCACCGGCGGUGCAGCCAUCAUGAGGGAGGGUCCGAACCUGCUAAAGUUGGCUAGGAAAGAGCAGUGCCUGGCGCUGGGGACCAGGCUGAGGUCAAAGUACAAGAUCAAGUACCAGUUUUACAGGGUGUUCCCUAACGGGGAGGUCCAAUACUUGCACCCUAAGGAUGGGGUGUACCCGGAGAAGGUGAACCCAGGCCGCCAAGGCGUCGGAGUGAACUUCCGGUCAAUCGGAAAGAACGUGAGCCCGAUUGAGGUCAAGUUCACCGGCAAGCAGGCGUAUGACUUGUGAGGUGUGGGAUGCUUUGCUAGAUGUUUGUGAUGUAUUUAUGAUUUUAAUUAUGUGACUGUUAUUAAUGUUUGUAACCUUUUAUUUUGUUUUCCAAGAUGCUACAUUACAUCGAAAACAUAUAUGUUCCAUUUUUGUUUGUCCAUGCAAUUAAGCCAAUAUUGUUUUUUUCUUA